AUGCUGUAUGCUUGUUCGAUUCUUUAUAAAACUAAAUUACCUUUUAUUGUUGUGAUAAAUAAGAUUGACAUUGUUGAUAGUGCCUAUGCCACGGAAUGGAUGAGAGACUUUGAAUCAUUUGAAGAAGCCUUAGAAAGUGAGACUAGCUAUAUUUCAAAUUUGACAAGAUCUAUGUCUUUAGCACUUGAUGAAUUCUAUAAGAACUUACUAACUGUUGGAGUUUCAAGUAUGACUGGACAAAAUUUUGAUAAGUUUUUGAAGUUGGUGGAUGAAGCUGAAAGUGAAUUUGAACAAAAUUAUAAACAGGAAUGGGAAAAACAGAAAACAUUAUGCGAAGAGGAAAAAAAGAAAAAGGAAGAAGAAAGGUUAAUGGAGAUCCAAAACACACCUGGAAUAGGAGAAAAGGUUGAAUUAAUAACCUCAGUUUCGGCUGGAAGAGAAAUCUCAGAUAUUUACUUAAAACAUCCUGGGGAUGAUUCAUCUUCUGAUUCUGAAGGUGAAGAUGUUGUUGAUAAAAAAGAGGACACAGAAGAAAAAACAUUUAAUGAAUUUGUUGAAUCACGCAGGAAUAAAAAUAAAUUAGAAAAAAUAUCUGAAGAAGACUCUUAA